AUGUACCCCUGCAUCCCACCACCACCACCAGUACCCUCCCUUCCGACCCUCCCCCCAGAACUACUCUUGCACAUUUUCCCUUAUCUCCCACCAGAGUCAAAGCUGGCUCUCUCCCUCACAGCGAGACGCUUUUAUCAGAUCCUCUCGGACCAAGUCCCAAAGUGGCCCCAACUUGCGCCCAACGAACAAUACUCUUUUCUCUACCUCCUGGAACGACUCGGAUUUUCCAUUCCGUCAAAUCCCAAAACUCCUGUGGCUUGUUGCAGUGGAUGCAAAACCACUCAUUCAAGUUAUAAAUUUCUUCUAGCAGAGCUCAACAAAGGCACGGACGACCGGACUUGCAGAGACGCAACCAGAUCCCUCUGGGUCAGCCCAGAUACCCAGUAUAGCUUCAAUGACCUUAAAGACCGUUCUGCGGAUCGCGGCUGGCUCACCGACGAUGGCACCUUGCGCCGCAGAGGUGGAACCGACCUUGCCAUCUACACGACUUACAAGAUCCUCUCCCUCCCCAAAUCUACCCAAGCACCCCGUAAGAAGAUUGCCUCUAUCCUCAACACUUUUAACCUUCCCUCUUGCCCGCACAUGAGAUUGAAUCACCCCGUCAUCAUCGAAGGAUAUAAACCUGACGCCCACCCCAUCGACGUCAAAUACUACUUGUCUGACAUGCGCAAUGACUCUGCAAAAUGCCAAUUCCCCGGCUGCAAGACCUCCAUCUACUGGAUUGCCCGUACUCACGUGAAUAAGCGGGACUGGAAGACUUUCUACAUUGAGGUCAGCCGCGAUGUGGGCAACUUAAAUAGACCAAAUUCUCCCGCCUGGCUCGCGCAGCUCAUCACCCCUAACGCCGACAAACUCACCAAAUUCUGGAACGACCGCCUAGAAUGGAAACGCCAAAUGCUUGCCUACGAAGAACGCAGAUACGAACACCAGCUGCAGCGACAACAACGGCAACAGCAACAGAAUGAGUCACCAUCAUCCAUAGCGACCGCCGUUACACCUACCCUGGCCAACCUUCCAGCCCUGCUAUCUCCCGGCUCAUCUUCAGACCACACGCCAAACAUCGAGGAAGACCAGUACGACGAAAUCCCUCCACCCCUUCCGGAUCCCGUCCCGGACGAAGCAGAUCUCUUUAAACCAAUAUUGGGCGACGGCUUUGUCGCUGCGGAGCCCGUUGGAGAUUUUCAACCCAUCCUGUAG